AAAUUAUUUUACAUAUUCAGCAGUAAUGUGUUCGCUGCUCAUUCUCUAAAUACAUACAGUUCAAAAUUGUCAAAUUUCCUACUAGGGGUUUCAUAUUCCUACAUGUAUGCUACUGGAAAACAUGACACAAAGUACAUGCUGCCAUCAUUGCCAUGUUAGAAAAAAAUUAUUAGUUUUAUUGAAAUCGUUUUCUGUUUCAAUACGUUAUAAUGUUAAAAAAAAUUGCUUUUUGUUAAUUAAUUAAUGUUGUAAUUAAUAUUGAUACUCUUUUUUUCUCUCUCUCCUGACGCAAUCCUCUGUAUUUGUCCAGGCUUGGGACUGAAUGUACCUUUUUAUUCUAGUAUAUUGUGUGUCCUGUUUUCAAAAAAAAGAAUGCCGAAGUCUGGAAGUUCUAAAAGGAAAAAAAGAAAGGAAAGACAGAGACGCUUGUCACAAUUUUCUGGUUCAAAUACAGCUUCUAAUGAAAAUGAUUCAUCUGAUAAUUACGGAUUAACAGAGGCUGGCUACUCUCCUGAUGUGAGCAACAGAGAAUUUGGUGCUGAAAGCUCAGUUGAAAAUGAAACAAAUGAAUAUAAGCGUGAGGAGCAAAUACAAGUAGAUGUGAGCAACAGAGAAUUUGGUGCUGAAAGCUCAGUUGAAAAUGAAACAAAUGAAUAUAAGCGUGAGGAGCAAAUACAAGAAGUAGGUGCAGCUAAUUAUUGUAUUGACAGCGAAGUGACUGAUGGAAAAGUUAGAGAAGAGAGGAACUUUGCUCGACUUAUUCGAUUAAUGAUGGGUGUCGGAGCCUCAGCUUUACGUCAAUUAUUCUUAUCCAUUCAUAAAAACUGGAGUAAUCAGCCAAGUGACGCAAGUGCUUUGAAGAAAGGUGCGCUUAAGCUACAAAAACAUCAAGAGACUCAGUUCUAUAAGGGAAACAUUGAAGAGUGGGAUGUAUCACUUCUUGUUAAUGUUCUCAGAUUUUCAACAGUCUGCUCUAAUGAAGUGAGCCGUAAGGGUGUUGAUUUUACAUUGCGUGAUAUACAGGAAAUGAGAAACCUGUACAUCGCACACGCAAGCAAUGUAAAAAUGAGCGAUGAAGAUUUCAAAAAAAAUUGGGAACAGCUCAAGUUUAAUCUUGUUGCAAUUGGAGCUUCAGAGGAAGAAAUCAACAAAACACUAACAGAUUGGACUGAAAGAAGCCUUGAGUACUAUCGUCAGUCAUUCUUGGAAGAAAUUGCUUUCCGAACAUUGGCCGAUUGUCAUAAAGAUAUCAUAACUAUGGUUGAAGCAAGCUCGAAAUCAAAAGAAAAAGAUUGCGAAGACCUUAAAUCCACUCCACAGUGGGAUGAUUGGCUCAAGCUCUGCUCUCAGAUGAAUGAAUUUAAUACUUCUCAAACUCAAUUUGUAUUAUUUGCUGAUGUUAUCUCGAGAGAAGAUCUCGAGAACUUUAAGGUUCUUGCAGCGGUUCCUUGGAAAGUGGUAGUCGACUUUAAUCCCAGCUCGGAAGAUGGUGGUUUGUAUAACAUAUUUAACUCACAAGCCUGCCUCAUGCAGUUCUUAUCUAUGUACACUCCAGGAGAAAUUUCAUCUUUAUUGGCCAAAAUAGGAAUUCAUGGAUUGUCAAAGCAAUUUGAUAUAAAAAAAACGCAGUGGUUGUUCGCAAAUGGUCGUACAGAUGAUGCUGAAGAUAAUAAGCCGAAACCAUUUCACAUUUGGGAACAAAAUUCCGUGAAUAGUAUAACGAUGUUUUUUGCUUGUUGUGCGUUUGGUGAUAUGUUUGAUGUACACAAACCAAUCAGAUGUCUUGUUUUACCUAUUUCUCCAACUACAUUUCCUUUCAUAGAAGUCACUCUUAGGCGUUUCAAAGAAAGUUUUUCUCGUGUGGAUUUAUCUUUUGCAUUCAUUGGAAAUUUAACGAAACCUUUAACCUUCUUAAAACAAGUUGAAAACUUUCAAUUGUCUUCUACAGAAGUAAAGAAUGGUGUUAGAAGCCUUUUGAACGUUGGUGAAGAACCUUUAAAGUACCAAAUGCCAUGUUUCCAGUCAGGAGUACGUGCUCCAUUUUCACAAAAAGAUUACGUCUACAUUAAUGAGUACUUAGAGUUGUUUUACAUUAAUUGUCAAAACGAAUACAUUUGUGUCAAUGGCGAUGAAAAAGAAUCAAAAGAAAAUGAAGAAGAACAUCGAAGAAGUUUUUUGUCUGGCAAUCUUAUUUCGUUUCUUAGUCUGUUUUUCACCCAUGAUGCCAAGCGCAAAAUUGAGAUGGAUAUAAUGGUAUAUAUCCAACGUAUGUUAAAUCAAAUGAUAAAGCAAAGUGGAAUUGUUCAAAUUGCCCACCCUCCUGGUACUGGUGGAUCAACAAUUGCAAGAAGGGUGCUUUGGGAUCUUCACGAUUCAUUCCCUUGUGCCUCCGUCCGAUUAUCAACUCAGGCUGAGUUUGACGAAGACUCUAACUUUAUAGGUGAACUGUCGUCGCGGAUUUCGUUUAUAGAAGAUCAAUGUGGGACACCGCCAGUCAUUUUGAUUGAUGGUCAUUGUCAGUGGAGAAUACAUGCAUUAAGCAAUCGCGUCGUACGGACUCUCAACAACCGUGGCAAAAAAGCUAUAAUUCUCGAAUGCCAUCGAGGAGCAAAACCCAAUAAUAAUGCCCAUGUUCGUCAGGUUUUUCAUGUUGAUGCUUGCUUAGACAAAACUCAGAGUGACCUUCGCGAAUUUAAAGAUAAGUUCAAAGAAAUAAACAAUCCCGAUUUUACAAAACUGAACAAUGCUCGACGCGUAUUUCACUUCCCUUUACUUUCAAUGAUCACUGAAUUCCGUGAGAAGCUAGAAGAGAUAAUUGCUAACACUCUGAAAGAGCUGAAUGAGCUUGAAAAAGACAUUGCGGCAUUUGUUGCAUUUUUACAGCUUUACGCUGAACAACCCACCCCUGCGACGCUCUUGUACGAAGUAUUUGAAUCUCAACUGUCAAUAAACAAAGGAGUUUAUGUUACGUAUGAAGAUAUCAAAAACUGCUUUUCGCACAACCUACUAAAUCUUAUGGUUCUGCAGAAGAAAAGACAAAACGCAGCUGCCCACCGAAGGAACAGUGAUUCGGAGCGAUUAAGGUAUGUCUUGGAAGGUCAACGAAGGCAAGAGCCUGAAGAAGCACUUACGAACUAUACCCUACAACAUCAUGUUGUUGCCACUCUACUUUUUGAAAAAUAUCUUGAGUCAAAGAAGAUAAAGUUGUACAAAUACGUAUUCGAUUUUCUGAAUUGCAAUGUACCAAACAUAAAAAAGUAUGUUGCUCUUUACUGCGAUUUGUUUCUUUUCAACCGAGGUGGCAACAGAAAACUUCGCUUUUCUGUUCUUAUCGCAGAGUUAAAAAAGAAUAAUGCAAAAAAAGCGGCCUCUGCCCUUCGCAAAGCUGCCGAAAUUAUUCCUGAUCCAAGAGCAUAUGGUCUUGCUGCUCGUUAUUACGCUAAAAUGAGACCGCCCAGAUUUAAAGAAGCCGAGGAAAUUGUUGCUGCUGGUAUAAAAUUGUCCGAAACUUAUGGCAGAGUGAAGAGUAUCCAGGACAGCAAAGGUGUCGUUCAUUCUCUUGAACUUAAGUACAUGUUCCAUCAAAAAAAAGUGAAGGACAUUGAACAUCUUGAAAAUAUGGCAGAAAAAGCUCUUCUUGCAUUCCGUGCUGCAAGAGACUUCCCUCCAACUUUACCAUCGCCACUUCUUGGAGAAGUAGAAGUUUGGAUUAUAUGUAUUGAAUGGAUUAUUGAAAAUCAUAAUAGUGAUGCAGAAGAAGCUGUCAAAUUUAUCAUCAACCAAGCGCCUUCGUUUUUUCGCACUUGUAUUGGUGAUUGUUUUUAUCUCCUAGAAAUUGUUAAUAAAAUUGUUUUGUCAGUGACUAUAAUUGCUGAUGCUGACGAAAUACGUGAUCGUGCCAACGAACUUUCUAUAUCACUAAUAAAUGCAGUUCAACCAGGUAUUCUUCGACACCGUAAUCGCCGUCGCAACAUCUCUGAACAUUUGCUGAAUCUUGAUUUUAGCCCAAGAUUAUCUCCAAUUAGUUGGAAGGAAUCGAAGCGUGUUAGAACCAGAAUUCUUUUGUCCUUAUACUAUCGAGAUGUACCCUCAUUUACGAACGACGAUAUGAAAGAACUUAUGAAACUCUUGGAAGACAUGAUUUUGUCUCAAAAAGAUUUUACUUUCGCUCCACAUUUUCUGCAGUUAUGUCUUCUAGGCCACAGUCCGUCAAAGACUUAUAAAUUGGAACAAGGAUGGAAAGUGUGUUGUGAUUGGUUAGAUCAACCAGACGUUUCUGACCCCAUGGUUUAUUACUAUAGUAUGGUUAUAGCGUUUGUGCAAAUCUUAAAUGGACAUGGUCCAAGUGGCUUUUUUGCUAAGUAUAAGAGUUUGUGGGAGAAGCUUAAAGAUUCUUCUCGUGGUCACUGUCGUAGAAAUCAACCUCUUCAUUUUUUGAAAAAGCAUGGCAAUGGUAUGUCUCAGCUCAUCAGUCACCAGGCCGUUUUAAGUGAUGUACCAUCUUACAAUGUCGAGAAUUCUGAUGUUGUAAAGAAUUUCUGGAUGGCAGAUUCACGCCGCAAAUUAAGAGAAUGUUCAGGUAGAUUACGUGUCCGUGUCGAAGGCAAGAAAAAAUCAACCAAGAUAGAGUUGUUAGAGGGUGAUAUCAAACUGUACGUUGGAAAGUAUGCUGAAAUUGGAACGGUUGGUAAGGACUUUGAUAAAGAUGCAAAAGUUUUCUUUGUAGUAAGUUUUAACUUAAGAGGACCUGUGGCAAAUGGAAUAUCAUUCCAUCCUACCGUUGAUCAAAAAAGCAAUGGGUCUUCGUCAAAUCAUUGAUGCUGUCAAAAGAUAUUGAAAAGUGCAACUAUCUUAUGAAUGUAUACUUUAUACAUUCCAAAUCGUUUGAAGUUGCAUUAUAGUUUUUUGUGAUACACCCUAGUUUGAUGGUCUAAGUGCAUGUUAUCUUCAAUUCAAUCUUCACUGUCUCCAAACUUUUAAAGCACUUACAAUUUAUGCUAAUGUACUCUAAAUAAGCUAAAAAUUUUCAUUAAUGAUGUUAAAAGUUACAAGGCAUACAAAUUUUCUCUCAAAUACAAAGCAUAAAAAAUUUGUACAUCACAUGUUAACUGAUUUUAACUUAUGAAGUCGUUAUCACAUACCAUAUAAAAAUUGAAAUUGAACAUUCUGUAACACUGUAGGUCUGUAACCCUUUUCAGUUUUGGUGCUUCUUUUCAGACUUCUAGAACUUACAAGUUUAGAAGUCUUGCCCAGUGGUCUUGCCAACAAUCCAAAUAUUUUUUUCCAUAAUUACUGAUGUUUGCUAAAUUAUGCUACACUUAAUUGCGAAAGAUACAUAUACAAAUAUAAACACUCUAAUAAAUUACAUAUAUGCUCUUUCUAAUUAUGGGCAAUAUUUUUGACCAUUAUAAUAAAAAUUUUUUAGUCUGUUGCA